AUGGCGGCCAAAAUCUUCAUCUCCCUCAUCUUCUUCUCCCUCCUCUAUUUCUCCUCCGCCCUCUCCAGCGAUUUUGUCUCCAAGGCCAUCGAAAUCCUCUCGAAUUCCGGCUUCUUUUCAAUGGCUCUGACUCUUGAAUUCGCCUCGAACAACUUGAUCCCUCGCUCUGAAUUUCUCACUAUUUUCACUCCUUCCGACUCCACAUUCUCUUCAUCCGGCCAGCCAUCUCUUUCCCUACUGAAAUUCCACUUUUCUCCCCAGUCUUUGACCUCCCAGACCCUCAAAACCCUCCCUUUCAACUCCAAGAUUCCAACUUUAUCCCCUUCCCACGCUCUGCUCGUUACUUCAACGCCGUAUCGUGAUCACGAUUCCGUUUCAAUCAACGGGGUCAAGGUCAACGCCAGCUCGGUGAUAUACGACGACGGGUGGUUGAGAGUCUUUGGGAUUGAGAAAUUCUUUGAUCCAAACUUCCGUGCCCCUCCAAGGCCUAAUCUUGAUUGCGCAGCAUCGGUGCUUGACGACGAUGAAGACAACGGUGAUGGCCCGAUGAGUUUCGGUGAAGCUAUUGACGAAAUGAAAGAUAAACGAAUAGAGGGGAACUUUAGUAAUUUCAGCCAUUACACGUCGGUCUUUCUCCGGCAUGUGGUGCCGUGCAAGAUGCCGUGGUCGGUUCUGAUCGAUUUGGAUUAUCCGGUGGUGAUGCCCACAUUCUUGGAAGGGUACGAAAUUACUGUCACACUAAGGCAAGAUCAUGAGGGCCUGUUGGCUAAUGAGGUACUUGUCGUAGAGGAUGUGUAUGCCGAUGAGUGGCUUGCCGUUUUGGGGAUUGGUGAUGUUUUACCGGAAGUGCCUGAGCCGGAGCCGGAGCCGGAGCCGAAGCCAGAACCAAAACCAUCAGCUCAGAGAAGAAGAUCAAUGGUGAAUCUUGAGAUCUUGAAGGUCUUGGUAGCUUUGUCAUCUCUGAUUAUUUGGAUAUAUAGCUUUUAG